UUUUGUUCAUUCCCUACAUCCUGCACAUCGUUUAGUGGAUUUUGUUGCCAGGAAAGAUAUCGUCACCAUCAUGACAGAAGUUGUCAGCAAUAUUUCUCCCCCUCCUGGUUCUGUAGCAACCGUAUCAGAUGCACCGCCCAUCCACUACAUGGUUAAAAUAGAGUUAUUUUCGUCACUUUGGAAAAAUGCAGUGGAGACAUAUGAAUCAGGGGUUUUUGAAGCUGGAGGCUAUAAAUGGAAAUUAGUUCUUUAUCCGAACGGAAACAAGAGCAAUAAUGUAAAAGAUUACAUCUCUCUCUAUUUGUUGAAAUUUAUUGCCUUAAAUUGCUGA